AUGUCGGACAUGUCCAAGUUGAUCACUACUUUUGUCAUCGGUUCAGCCGUAGGUCUUGCAUCCAGUGCGUUCUUCCUUUGCAAGCGAAAGAAUUUGAAAGCUUUACCCAAACUUUACAUUUAUGAUCAUUGUCCAUUUUGCGUACGUGCUCGUAUGAUCUUUGGUUUGAAAAAGGUACCACUUGAUCUCGUCUUCUUGGCCAACCACGACGAAAUCACUCCCAUUGGCCUUGUUGGAUCCAAGCAAGUUCCUAUUCUUCAAUUAGCCAAUGGUCACACUUUUCCAGAGAGUUUGGAUAUCGUUCAAUACGUGGAUGAACAUUAUGGUGGUCCGACCAUUUUGGCUCCAUCGUCCAAUCGACCGGAACUAAACCAGUGGAUGAAAGAUGCAGCUAAUGUAUUUCGUCAAUUGUAUCACCCACGAUUCCAUGCGGCUCCUUUUGCGGAGUUUGCCCGGCUUGAAAGCCGUGAGUAUUACCGUCUCAAGAAGGAGAAAACCAUUGGCUCAUUUGAAAAGGUGCUGGCCAAGACACCAGAGCUUGUGGAAGAGGCUAAUAAGUUUCUGGAACAAUUAGCCCCCAUGUUUCAUUCCAAUCACUUGGUGAAUGAAAAACUCAGUUAUGACGACAUUAUUUUUUUCGGUACGUUAAGGGGUCUAACUAUUGUUCGUGACUUGAAAUGGCCGCUCAAGUUACGCGAAUAUCUCGACUACAUGUCGGAGAAAACGGACAUUCCUUUGCUGGAUAGUAUGGCUGUUUACUAA